GUGAAGUCGUGAUCUAGGUGAACGCACAUUCAUGGAAACACUCAACAUGCAUCAGGUCCUGAAAGGGGUAGCCAAAUCUGAGCAAUCGCAAGAACAAGUUCAACUGACCGAAUUGGUCCCGAUGAAGCGAUCCCGCAUCAAGGAGGACGUCCUCAAAGACGUCGACGCAACCGACGGUCUGAAGGCGCUUAGAAGUAUAUCGAACGACUGCAAUGACAAGAACGAGAACCUCGACGUGGCAGAGUGCAAGAACGCCAAGCGACAGUCGGAACGCAAGAGCGGCGAAAAGUAUCGACAGGAACAGAAGGUUUAUCCAAAGAAAAAGAGCAAGUUUAAAGAAGAAGAUACGGAUUCCGAGGAUAAUGAGGUAAAGAACUACGAUAGGGUGACAAGAAAGAAGGAAUCGCAAGUCAGCGAGAGGAAACUUCGUGGGAGAAAUAAUACGAUGAUCGCGAGGAAAAAACCGGCGAGAUCAUGUAAACAAACAGACGACAAAAAAAAGCGUAACAACGACUCAAGUAAAACAAAUAUCUCCCAGCUGGAAAUUCCUUUCGACGACGAUGAGUUUGCUCCCGAGGGCAACGACGAUAAAUUCUCCUGUAGCUUGAGCAAGAAAAACUGUUACAAGGACGAGGUUUAUGUGUAUAGACAAGAAUCGGCGGACUCAUGCCCGAACUCUACAAGCAAGGAAUCAAAUCAGAACACCAAGAACAUCUCUUAUAUACAUAAUACGGAUUCUGAUCCUGCUACGGAUUGUCAAGAGAACGUUGAUAAUGUCAACGAUUCCGCAAAAGAGGAAUACAAGUCUAAUGCUGAUGAAAUUACCGACAAGGUGAAGAAAUUCAAUAAUGAGCCGAAAAGCGACAUCAAUAUAAAAAAUAAUUACCAACCAUCAGAAAAAGAAAACAACAACUGCCCUGUGAAGAGACCUCGGAGGAGAUCAGAGGAGAUCUGCGCUGCCGUCGACAGGUCAGCGAACUACGACAAAAAAGUCUUCAGAAAGAUCGAGACGAAGGAAUUAUCCGACGGGAUACCCAAAACAAAAAGACCUCGACUGCCGAAUUGGCAGAAGAGUUACUUCUGCGUUGUGUGUUUCGCGCGCUUCCAAGGCAGCGGCGGUCUUCGUAAUCACUACAAAGUGGUGCACAGCAAUGGGCAGUUAUUCAAGUGUAACGAAUGCGGCAAGGAGUUUCCACUGAAGGAACGACUGAAACUGCACGUGCGCACUCAUACCGGCUUCAAGCCGUACAAGUGUCCAGAGUGCGACAAAUGUUUCGCACGGGGUGGCCAACUGGUGCAACACCGACGCAUCCACACCCAGGAGAAGCCGUUCGAAUGUAACAUCUGUUCCUACAAAUUCUCGUGCGCGGCCAACUUGUCGCUGCAUAUAAAACGCCACAAGGGCCAGAAGGAUCACAAGUGCGACGUGUGCGGCCGCGGCUUUGUGCGUCGUGACGCCUUGAAAAAGCACCAGGAGUGUUUGCACCGCGACCUCAAGUCCUUCAUCUGCGUGAUCUGCAACAGAACUUUCAAGGGUCACCUGCCGCAACACAUGAGGACACACGCGCGCGACCGUCCGCAUGUCUGCGCCACGUGCGGCCAACGAUUCGCCCAGAAAUCCCAGCUGACCGUCCAUCUGAGGACCCACACCGGCCAACGGCCAUUCCGCUGCCUCGUCUGUUGGCAGGCCUUCGCUCACUCGACCGCUCUGAAGCUACACACUCGUCGCCACACCGGCGAGCGCCCGUUCAAAUGCACCGAAUGUAACGCCGGAUUUACUCAACUGCCGCAUUGGAAGAAGCACUUGAGGUGCGUGCACGGUCAGAAAAAUCCAUACGCCUGUAAGUGGUGCAACAGCUUCUUUAGGAUUAAGAGCGAGCUAUUAUAUCACAACGCCACCUCCCACCCGGGGAUGCGCGAGGACGACUCAGACACUGGUGGCGACAGCGGCGUCAACGUCGGUGUCAGCGUCGGUGUCGGCGCCGGCGUCGGCAUCAACGACGGCUAUGACAACGGCAACGACGACAACGGCGCCACCACCGCAACCACCGCAACCACCGCCGCCACCACCACCGCCACCACCGCCACCACCACCGCCACCACCACCGCUACCACCGCCACUGCCGAAAAUCACCCCAGAAAAUCGAACGACGCUGAACAUCAACUAAUCAUCGAGAAACAGUCAGUCACCGCCAAAUACAAGCUGAUGACGGUGCAGAAGAUGAGGCUGCUGCUGGCGGUACUACUGAAAAGAAUCAGCAAGAAGGAGAGGCUGAGAGAGCUCGGCUUCGGCAAGCGACUCAUCGACGAGGUUCUUAAAGACUCACUGGUGUCCGCCGGUAAGGAACCGGUCAAACGCGAAGAGGGUGGUCUGACCGAGCUCGAAGCGCUCACUCGGAACUUGGAGAUUUUCUUGGAGUGGACGGUGCCCAAGGACCAUUGGCAGACUUUGCGUAAGAUGAACAAGACGACCCAGGACAUCCUACAAGCGCUUACUGAAGUCGAAUAUGAGUUUGAAUAAACGUGUUUAUUCAUCAACAGCAAAUCUUUCUGGACUAUAAGAGUGGCUCAAAGAUUUAUGAAAUGUUAUGAUGUCGCUUCCUACUUUGACCAAAAAUACUUCCAAUUCAUAUGCUUCGCUGGAAGGAAUAAUCCUAAAAAAUGGAACUUUGUGAGGAGACAGCGAAUUAAUACGAUCUUUAUACAGUCAUUUAAUUAUAAUGAUAAUUGUAAAAACUAUCAACCGAUUGUCACGUAUGAGGAGGAUGUUCUGCCAAGUGAGCGUCAAAUCAUUCCCUGAUCAGGAACAGUCGAGUAAUAGAUGAUAAAUUGUCACUGCUAGCGCGUUUCUUGUAGAGUUUUCGUUCUUUCUUUUUUUACUGUUCUAAUCUGGAGAACACCAUUUUCUGUGUGAUAUCUAAUCUAUGUUAAUUGACGAAUGUUAAAUGUCUCGAGGUGCCAUGUGUCAUAAUACUUGCCAUACUAAACCAGUGAGUAUACCGUAUCGUUUAGAGGCUAAAGGCGAGUCCUAGUUUUAUUUAUAGAAUAUAAGGAGCGAAUUUAACGAAGUAACGCAUCGUCAGAUUGUCGGCCGAAAUGAGAUGCGUCGUCUCUGCGACAGUAGAAACGAAGUGUUGCCACUUCUUUGCGACUUUGAUAUAGCGACUGAGGUAGAGUUAGACGUUCUCUUGCCGUAUAUUCGUGUUAAUGCACAUAUACACGCGUAUUCGCGCAUAUACAAAUUGCACAGACUAGUAGAGAAUACGACAACGGAAAUCGUUUUGCACUACAUCUUAUACUUAAUCGUAAACACUGCUGCUCAUCAAGCAUAUACCAAAAAGAAAAAAACGGAGACGAGGCCAUAUCGCGAAGUCAUUCGUUAUUAUGUUCUUUUACUCGCGCAAUCGUUAUUAUCCUAUAUUUAUAAGAAUUUACAAUUAUACCUAUUAUAUAUGUAUACACAUUUACUAAAUUGAAUAUUAUAUUAUGAGAUUCUGUUAUGUGUUCACACACACGGGCGCGCCUGUAAUGGACACUUGGACACUGCGUCACCAGCAAAGCACGCGUCCCCGUUUGUAGUUAGAGUUAUUAUUCGUUAUUUAUCUGACUUUACGUGCGAAAGUGAUGUAAUUAAUGGUACGGAUAAAUUGUCAGGCAAGUGAUUGCACCAUUUUUAAGUAAUCGUAAGUAAAUGUGAGCAGACAAUAAUAACGCGAAAGUUACAAGAUUAGUAUAUAAUCAUUAAGAGAGAAGAUAUAUAUAUCUAUAUUAUAUCCAUAUACACAACACGUAUAUACACACAUAUAUAUAUAUACAUAUAUAUAUAUAUAUAUAUAUAUAUAUAUAUAUAUAUAUAUAUAUAUAUAUAUAUAUAUAUAUAUGUAUUGAUAUUACGCGACAACGUUACUAAUGGUAACGCGAGGAAAAAGGAAAGCAGCACGUUUAUUCAUCUUGAUUAAACGGAAAAACAAAUCUUGAGAGAAUGAUCGUAAAAAUGACCAACGCGAUAACACAAAAAUGAUAAUAUAUCAAAACGGUAGUUUACUCUUAAUACGAACUUAUUUCCUCGACUUACCAUUAGGAUCGAUUUCUCGAUCGUGCAGAAAAUAUCAAAACUGCCGCGGUCAGAGAUGCCUAUUUAUCUUUUUCCGCUAUGCAAAACUAUGGAGAGAAGAACGAUUAGUUUUCAGUUCUUUCUUCUUUUUUUUUUUUGCAAUAAUACGCAAAGUACGAUCGAGAUGUGUUGUACUAUAGGAUCCAAAGACUUUGUUACUUUUGUUGCCAAAUAUGUUUAUACGCUUUUGAUGUAUAAUUUCAAUGUUACUAUUAUUAGCAGAUAUCGAGAUAUGUGCAUUUCGCGUGCAUCGUUUAUUUUAUAUAUGAGCCGGAGGAAGAAUAAAGGGAAAAAGAGGUGUUGUGCGAGCGCAUUUUUCAUGUGCGUAGCGUAUCUUAUGUGUUAACAUGAACGAGCGCGUAUGACGCACGCGGUGACUUAUCGUUUUCAAAUUUAUUCCGAAGAUCGAAAUCUACGCUUCGACCGGCGUUUGCAAAUGAGGGUCGGAGUGCAUUUUGAAUAUAGAUCGAGGUCGAAGAGGUGAACCGUCUCGCACCGCCGUUGAGAAAUGCGCGGCUUCCUACAUUACCUCGACCAAGUCGAUUUAGCAUAUUACAGCGAUUUUCUGUCACGAUACCAAAGCGAAUAUACUAAUGCUCGCGAGACCGAUUGGCUCGCGUUGCGUAUGUACGUCUUCACGGAUUUUACUAUUCCUGGUCUCGUUUUGUUUUUUGUUUCUUUUUACUCGCUUGAUCACGGACGAUAUUACAAUGUUUUCUCGUGCCUGUUCGUUCGGUGCAACAGCGAUCGCAAUACUAUUGUUUUCCUUUUGUGCCAUAAACUCAGGCAUAUAAUUGUACAUUAAUAUAUUGUAAAAGCGGAAAAAUUCAAGCAAAAAAUUUAAAUAAAUAAGUUUCCUUAUU